CGUCCAGGUCCCACUAAGUAUCCCCUCGGACUGCUGAACGGAAUAUGAUGCUGAAAUAAUGUCUCCCCUUUAAACCUUCUCGUCUAAACAAAACGCUUUCCAACAAUAAUAUAUUAACCAGAAAAGGCAAAACACAGAGGAGGGUCUUCACUAUCGAUCUGUCUACAACUUUAUGCACGGGAUUUAUCCUGAAACGAAUUGUGCUAAUCGUAAAUAUCGAAGUAGAAUUCACAGCAAAACCAUGCUGACCCGUUAUCUAUAAAAAUGCGUGGAUGCGAGCAGAAAGAAAAGGUGGUCGCUGUCACUCCUGCCGGAAUUAAAUGUGAAAAGCAGCGGGCGUUAGAAAGCAUCUCCCUGACAAAAACUACAGGCAGGAAGAGAUGAUGAAACUGGGGCGACCUGAGUACUGAUGCCUGCAAUGUCUGCCAUUUAUCUUUACAGAUGAUUGUUGGCAUAGGUCGGUGUGUUUGGAAUGCAGGAAGAUAUUUGUUUCCAUGUGCGCUUACUUUGCAUUUAGACUGAAGUUGGCAAAUUGCAACACCUUCCCCCACCCCAAACUCUUCACCCAGCCGCGCUUCCAGUGCGAAUAUUUGAUUUCGGUUCAGGUGAUCCCAGGUGUGACUGAAUGAAACCGUUCUUUCUCCUCCGCCCGUUAUCCCGUCCAGCGCUGCGUAUAAAACGGGUCUCUGCUCGCCCAGGUUCUCAGACCCUGGCAGAAGAGAGAGAGAAAAAAAGAGAGAUGUAGAGUUUCUGAUGUGAUACUAAUUUGAGGAAGUCUCUCGUGGAUCCAGUCGUGCGUUAUCCCCGCAUUAAAACAGUGUGACUGUUUAAUCUUAAUUUUUGAGCAGAGCAUUCCGGGGCCCAGCCCCUUCCCAGCUGAUGCCCAAUAAGAGAGAGACACGGACUGACACCUGCUUAUAAACAAAGCCCAACCACACGGGACAAGUCAGAAUCUCCGAUCAGCAAAAAUCGAAAACAAUCGGCAUCGUUGAUUGCGCCGGGCUCACUACCGACAUGACUUCCAGUGAGAUCGAGUUCCCCAGCGAACUGAAGUCCGAUCCCCCCUCCCUGAUCGCUUCUCUUCAAUUGCUGCCGUCUCCGACUUCAAACCUGGAGAUCAAACACACCAAGCUUUUUAUUAACAAUGAGUGGCAUCAUUCAGCAAGUGGAAAGACGUUGCAAACCUAUAACCCAUCUACUGGAGAGAAAAUCUGUGAUGUUCAAGAAGCCGAUAAGGCUGAUGUGGACAAGGCAGUUAAGGCUGCACGCCUUGCUUUCUCCCCGGGAUCUGUGUGGAGGAGGAUGGAUGCAUCAGAGAGGGGACGGCUGAUCGACAAAUUGGCAGAUCUGGUGGAGCACGAUCGACCUCAGCUUGCAACACUUGAAUCUCUAGAUAGUGGAAAACCAUUUCUCCAGGCUUAUUAUGUGGACCUACAGGGAGUCAUAAAAACACUCAGAUACUUUGCUGGUUGGACUGACAAGAUUCACGGGAAGACAAUUCCAGUCGAUGGAGAUUAUUUCACAUUUACAAGACAUGAGCCAAUAGGCGUGUGUGGACAGAUCAUCCCUUGGAACUUCCCCCUCCUGAUGUUUGCGUGGAAGAUAGUUCCAGCCCUGUGCUGCGGAAACACGGUGGUCAUCAAGCCAGCAGAACAAACGCCGCUGACUGCCCUCUACAUGGGAGCCCUCAUCAAAGAGGCCGGGUUUCCACCAGGGGUGGUUAAUAUUUUACCUGGAUAUGGCGAGACAGCUGGCGCGGCAAUAGCCUCCCACAUGGACAUCGACAAAAUCUCCUUCACUGGAUCUACUGAGGUUGGGAAACUGAUCCAGGAAGCAGCUGGGAAGAGCAAUCUGAAGAGAGUAACACUGGAGCUGGGAGGAAAGAGCCCAAACAUUAUUUUUGCAGAUGCUGACUUGGACUAUGCUGUGGAACAGGCUCAUCAGGGAGUGUUCUUCAACCAAGGCCAGUGCUGCACAGCAGGAUCCCGCAUCUACGUGGAAGAGCCGAUCUACGAGGAGUUUGUCCAAAAGAGUACAGAGCGUGCACAGAGGAGAACAGUAGGAAAUCCUUUUGAUCCGGCUACUGAGCAAGGGCCUCAAAUUGACAAACUACAAAGUGACAAAGUCCUUGAUCUUGUCCUCAGUGGUAUAGCUGAAGGAGCAAAGCUCGAAUGUGGUGGAAAAUCACUGGGAAAGAAAGGAUUCUUCAUUGAGCCAACUGUGUUUUCAAAUGUGACAGAUGACAUGCGGAUAGCAAAGGAAGAGAUUUUUGGCCCAGUUCAACUAAUUAUUAAGUUCAAAACCAUGGAAGAGGUAGUGGAAAGGGCCAAUAAUUCUCAGUUUGGACUGGUAGCUGCUGUCUUCACCAAGGACAUCGAUAAAGCACUAACAGUUUCUGCAGCAAUGCAGGCUGGAACAGUCUGGAUUAAUUGUUACAAUGCCUUAAAUGUCCAGAGUCCCUUUGGAGGAUUUAAAAUGUCUGGCAAUGGCAGAGAAAUGGGAGAGUACGGACUAAGGGAAUACACUGAAAUCAAAACCGUGACUGUCAAAAUUCAGCAGAAGAAUUCUUAAGUGUGCUGUGAGGUGGACACAGAGAAUCCUCUCACUUACCAGCAAGACAAACACACACAACAGUGGUUGUGCAGCAUAUGGUUGAAGCUUUAUCUUAUAAAAUGUAAAAAAAAUAUACUAGUGAAUGUAUAUGUACCACAAAUACUGUGUAUUUGAAGAAAAUACAAUAAUCUCAGCAAAUCCCCCAGAGUGCUUUCAUUAAAUGGUUCCCCUUCAGUCACCCUUAAUCUUGCAUAACUCAUAAACUGUGGAGUCUCGAUACACCAUGGACUCAACGGUGCCACUGGAACUGCUGGAUAACUUCUCAUUUCUUUCCAUUAAUUUGAGACUUGGCAUUCAGGAUAAAUAAUGCUUGAUAAAAAAAAGUGCCAGAGGAUUUGCCUGUGAUCAGCUCAGAGCAGUGGCAAGUGUAAGAGGAGGUUAAAAGGGUGGCCCCCACGACCCUUGCUCUUCUUUGAAAGUGGCUGUGGAGAAGCAUAAGCAGAAGAGAAGAAAUCAAAAACUUUGUAAGUGAGCUACAUGAUUUGGGAUGUUGUUUGAGUGGUUCCUCUGGCUGCCCAGAUACAAGUACAGAGGAUUCCGGUUAAUUGGAACUUUUCAGAAUGUGUACCUUUUGGCCCAAUUAAACGGCUGCCCCAAUUAGCCAAAGUUUCAAGGAAAUAGUUAAAAAGAUAUAAAAAAGACAAGUCACUGUUUAACUGAGUAACGGUUAAUUAAUGAGUUACAGAACAAAUUAGAACACUACCAAUACCACUACAGUAGUAUAAAACCGUGUAUUAGUUCCUAAUAGUUAUUGACGGAGGAAUUAAUCCAGUGUAUGCUGCUGUGAUCUUUUGAUUUACUGUAAAUUAACAAAAUCAGUGCAGACACCUAGUGUAGUUAAUGGACUGCCUUUAUAAAUUUUUUGACGAUUGCAUCCUCCAAAUCUUCAUUUUCAUUAUAAGAUUCAAGAUGAUUGUUGAUACCUUCAACUUUUUCAUAGUUCCUAACUUACUGAAGUAGUGAGAUCAUUUCAUUUUCACUCCCAGCUGUUUCUGGCAUCUCCAAGCCUGAAUGCUUGCAAUCACAGUGAGCAAAACAGUUCUGAAUUAUCUUACUGCUUAUUCAGUGACAAAAAUCACUGCUUUUUGAGCAUAAGUCUACACAACUGAUACCAUUUAAAAACUGUCCCCUCUAAGCACAGUGUAGUGUCUAACGAGCACGCAAGGGCAUGUGACUGAUGCUAGUUAGCAACUGUUUCUUAACAGUCUCCUGCCCCAAUUAAGUGGCAUAGUCCCAAAUAAAUGAAUGGAAUCCUAGCAAGUUUCUUGAUUAGUCUUUGUUCUUUAAGAAUUGUCCCAAAUAUGUGGCUGCCCUAAUUAACUGAUGGCCCAAUUAACCAGAAUCCACUCUACUUCAGUACUUGUGUGGUGUUUUUGUUGUCAAUACACUGGCCAUUUCUCACAGACUCUGCCUGCUAUGUACAGAUUACUGAGAAUUAGAAAUUUGCUCAAAGCUAUCCUUCCCCUUGUUUCCCCUUAAAGACAUCCCCUUAAAGGAUCCCCUGGAGAUCCAAUUCUUUAGGCAUGCACCAGCAGUUGUCUUUUGCUGGGAAUGCCAAGGAGGCAGAGAGAUUCUGGAACCAGGGAGGGUUUGGGACAGAACUGAACUCCCCAGUCUUCGGCUCCUAUCUCGUCACCUGUAGAUUCUGGAAGUGAUCCAGACAUGACUGGGGUAGUGCUGGAGGUUAUGUCUGCCCCCAUGGGUCCAUUUUGAGUUUUUAAACAGUGGCAGUUGUUGAUCCCAGUUUGAUCAGCCGCCUUGUGGCACUAUACACCUUUCCAGAAUCUUACUUCUUGCAACUCAAAAGUCGAUGAUUUAACAAAUGAGGGUAGUUCUACCCAAGACUCCGCUACCCCUGCAUCACAACUCAUGACCGUAUACUUAGAUUCCUUCGGCUGAUUCAGCUUCUCCUUCUCUCUUACCGGGCUCGCCAACUCUCUGCAUCACAAUUUCUAUUUUGACCAGCAUUCCCAUCCAAAUGAAGUUGUUUGAGUCAUCUUGUAGUGUGUUCAAAUGUUCCUAAUAGCUGUAGUAUCACCCUCAAGCCAUCUGUUAUGCUUUCCCAUCGAUAGUAUGGGGAACUUGUGGCAUGACUCUACCCCUCCCCCAAGCCCGCCCCCACCUCGGCCUUACCAAGUCAGGCGGGUACUUCAGCCGCAGCACAGGGCUGUUGAGGCCUAUUUACCACCGGGCAAACAAGCCUGUGAUCCCACUGCUGGCCUGGGCACAGGAUCCAUGUGAGGGAGAGGAUACACCUCGCCCACAAUUUACCUCGGUUCAAGGGCCAGGAUCCUCUGUCUGGUUACAGGCUGACAGUGGUCAGCUUUCUGACAUCUUUUGUGACACAUUUCUAGCCUGUAAUCUGGUGUUGGUGGGAGAGGGAAACUAACUAUCACCAGGUCAAAACAAUAUUUUACAGUUCCACAAUGCCCAGUACAAUACCCUGCUCAUUACCUACAAAGCCAUAAGAUGCAAACGCCGAGGGGCUUCCGCACACUGUUAGUUCCAACAAAAUGCUCUCAGCUUUUGCUCUUCAAGCAUUUGUCCCAGAAAACCAGCCCGAACUCCAUUUAUUUACAGAGUCUCAGUGAGCUGCCCACGUGUUGUGCUCCCAAACUCCAGCCCGUACCUCACCAGGGCAUUGUCUUCUUGUAGAUUUGUUCAGCAGUUGUAUGUUCCUUCUCACCUCUGAAAUGACAGGCCUUUGAAUUGCAAUAAAUCACCUCCCCACAUCAUUUGGCUCUUAACCGCAUUCUGGUGAAAACAGUGCAUGACUCUUCCAGGCGUUCUCCAAGGCCAAAACAAACACGGUUUCCAAAAUCUUAAUUUAGAUGGCAGUUCUGUCUGAAACAUGCCAUUUCCCCUUCCGGCAUAGGCUGGGUUGCCAUUAUGUUGGUGAUUAACCUUCACUUUUCCAUGUGGGAUAACAUUUUGAUUUUGGAUGCAUUGGAAAGCUUAAAGCCACUGAAUGAUGCAUCUUGCUGCAAGCCAGUCGGCCAAGUCCGACCAGGCACCAGACAGUCAUUAAAUAACUUUGACUACUUUGGACAUCUGAUUGAUUUAAUAUGUAUUGAAAUGUUUCCUAUUAAUUACUAUUGAGAAAGGAUAUUGCUUGUGCCAGAUGGGUGAUUUAACCCCAAUUUUAUACUGUACUGCAACGUUUCUAAAAUGAAAUUCUGCUGUUGGGUUGCUAAACGUCAUUGAUUAAGAAAUGAGGCAGCAUGUAGCACAGAUCAUUGAGACAAAAUUUCCUUAUCAACCAUGGAAUCUGAAAUGAGAGCCAAAAAAAAAUCAAAGAACGUAUGAAAUGAAAUGGAGGAUGCCAAAGUACUUACAAAGCUGUUUCUGCUUUAAAUAGAUCAUUUUUGUAUUGAUGACUUUAAUGACAGUUUGUGUGGUCAAAGGACUUUGUUUAAUCCAAUAUAUUAUCAAAAGACACGGAAAAUAAGAACAGGAAUAGGCCAUCUGUUCUGUUCUAAUGCACCUGCUCUGCUUUUGAAUAAAGUCUUGCUUGAACUUACACAUCAAUUCCAAUUUUCUGUCCUAAUUCCACACCCUCUGAUUCUGUUAAUACCCUAAAUUCCAUUGAUCUGAGUAUUAAGCAUUGACAGCCCUCCAGAGUAGAGACUUGCUCGUCGCAGUACUAAAUGGGUGAACCCUUGUCCUGAUAAUAUGGUCCUGGUUCAAGACUCUCCAACUCUUGCCAUUUACCCAGCCAAGCCUCUGAAAUAUUCAGUGAGGUCACCUUUCAUGUUCCUUACUCCAGGGAGCAGAAAUGUUAAUCAACAGGCUCACAUAUUUAUCAAGAGCAUAAGCAGGGGAAUUUCAUGUAAAUUCACAAGCAUUUAUCUGUUCAUAAAACUGUCAUCUAAAGGCUUUUGUGCUUUUGACAUAUUUUUUGUUGUGUUAUAAUCACAAGGAAUGUUAAUCUAUUAUUGUUUUAAUUCAUACUUUUUACUCCACCUAAGAAAUCUGAGCAUUAAUUUUACAAAGUUUCACCAUUUGUGCUGUCUUUUAGUUUUUCUGUUUUAAAUCACCUAUGGCUGAUGUCACAAAAAAGCAAUAAUGUGUAAAUCCGUAAACUUUUAUACACUGAUUGAAUGACUGCAACUUCCUUCUUGAUAACUGUAUUGCAGUUUUGAAAUCAUGUAUAUACAAUUAUGUACUAUGAAUAUAUAAAGUUAUUUUCUAUGCUGUUUUUCAUUAAAAAACAAGACACAUUUAGUAUCAGAGUGUUAAAAUUAUGUAAAAGUUGUUUGACUGAAACUCCGCUGAUGGUUUAGAAUGGAAAAUUGAUUGCAUUGUGUUGUUUGCAAUAACACCAAUAUAAAUAGUCCAGCAAUGGGAGACUAGACCCUAGUGUGUCCUCGAAACAUCGUUCCCAUUACCUACGUUUUGUGCAUUCCAGGAAGACAGAAGUCUUGAAUGUAGAGAAUGACACCUUACCCUUCACUAUUUUGCUUAAUAAAUACAGAAUUUCACGGUUGGAGCCUCGUCCGUCUCUCCUUCCCCAGAGCUACACUCCAAUGAAAGAGUAAUGGGUGAACUUAGUCCUGGCAAAUGUACACUUACACGCCCAGAUCUGACACCUGCCAUGAAUUAAAGCCCCACCAGAAAUUUAUGAUUAAAUUAUCAGAUUGGAUCCUUCCCUACAGCUAAAUAUUAUUAAUAUUUUUUAUUGCAAUGUAUGAAAGUGCAUUAACUGCUCAAUAUCUUGACUUUUAUCAUGCUAGAGUUGAAGUGUAAAUAAUGUACGCAUGGAAAAGCCUGCAUAAAUAUUUGGUUAUUUGAGUAUACCCAGAAAUAGAAGUGCACAUUUUAGCAAUUCAUCCUACAGCUAAUAAAG